UUGGGGAGUGAGGGAGGAGCAUGGAGGCACCGAAGCCUGGCUUCCUCACAUGCCGGGAGAGCCGAGGACUUGCCUGUCACGUUGUCGUAAUUAGCCUCAUCUCGCGGGGCCCGUGAGAUUCCUGAGUUAUUGCUGGUUAAUUGUGACAGGGGACUGGUUCCAGAGACUCUCAGCCGCCGUGCUUCGCACUCGGUGGAUGGCUUUUGUUGCUCGGGGGCCCCUCCCAGACGAAUUAAAUUCGAAUCUGUAGAAGUGGGACCCAGGCAUCGGUAUUUUGAUGAACCCCCCCCCCCCCACGUGAUUCUGAGGUGCUGAGUAACACUGUAUUAAGCUAAGUCUGUAAAGUGAAUUCGGGCUCUGGCCAUACAGCCCGGUAUCUGCACAGAACGUCGCCCAGGGCAGCCUCAUCCUUGGAGGGAUGUCUGGAAUAUCGGCCCAUCUACUCAAAACUUAGGGUUUUCUUCCCCCACACACACACUUCGACCUCUGUGGGAGGUCAGAAUUUGGUGGAAGUUACCUAGGGAACGUAUGGCCACUGUGGUCUUUUAUGCGCCUUACCCGUGGUGGUGGAGAAGGUCUUGGCCCACUUUUCUUCCUCACUAAUUAAGUGGACUUGAACUAGCGAAGUACCUUUUAGCUAUGAAAUCCUGAGAGUUCCUUAGUACAGAUCCUGAACAAUUUUAUCUUUAUCAGGAGUGAUUUUUAAAGCUGUUUCAUAGGCUAGGUAGCUUCUGUACUGGGCUGUUUUGUACCAGAAGUCAGGACAUUACUAGAAACUCUAGGCUAAAGAUUAAUAACACUUCUGGGGUUGUUUACUCUCAGAGUUUCCAUGAAUUGUGGGGUGGAGAUAACAUUUACAAAUACAACUUAAAAAUAGUUUGUAACGGACCCCUUUGGGAUGACAAUGCCAAGAGCUGCCCUAUAUUUUUAAAGGUCGUUGGGUAGUGACUUGGGAUAGGUGUAACUGAAGACAGGUUCACAGAAGGUGUACAGAUCUCUUCUGUGUUCAUUGCUGGGAAAGUAUAUAAACUAAAGGUCCAGAGAGAAAUUUUCAUUCUAAAAGUGUUUUUACAGAUGGUAAAGGAAUAUUUUGGUUUUUAGGAUCCAGCAUUUAAAGAUGGGGUGAGAAGAAAAGGAUGGGAGAAAAUUGAACAAUUAAGGCCAAAGUGGAAGCCGGAGAGAUUACAAAUUGGGUGCAGAACUCUUGGACCCCUUCUCUCCAAUGGGAAAUCCACCCAUAGAACAGUUGGACACGUGAAAAAAAGAGCAUAACUGUGGUUGAUCUAAGAUCAGAUGAAUUGAAAAUAGUUUUGAAGACAUACUAAUGUAUUUAAUCGUCUGCUUCCUGAAAAGCUCUGUGGCUUUACGGGUUACUUGAGUGACUAGCUACUUAGUUUACUUAGGGAGGGUAGAAGGAGGAGAGACUAUUAUCAGGAAACGGCAAUCUCAGCAGCAUCCAAAGGCAAGAAAAUACAGCUGUGGUUUUUAAGGAAAAUAGGAAAUUUAAAAGAAAUAGAUUACAGAAUCAACACCUACAAGUAAUUGAUUAAAUGAGUGGGACGUAGUGCUGUAUCAGUUCAGGAAACACAGCGAUCAAAUGGAAUUACCAUGUAUGUGUUUAUAGAAGUAAACUUGAAAUGAAACUUCUGAAAUCUGCUGGUGGGCUUAACCACUUUAAACUCAUCAUGGCUUUUGCUGAUAGGCUCUGAACUUGCACGACCUGCCUGUUCAACCCUUAGUGCUUUACAGUCACACCAGCUUUUGCUUUGUGAGGGAUACACUUGGAGUGAAGUGAACUUACCUGUUUCCUCUUUUGAGUUGUAUUGCUAGUAUGCCCUUGCAUAUCCCACUUUUCACCUCUUCCAUUGCCCGUUGUGUUCAUGAUCAGAGGGUCACUUUGUCUUUGAGUGGCCUCACAUUUCACUUAAGAUUUGACAUUAGGCACCUGGGGAUUUGGUGAACUUGCAAAUAGAUCUGCUCACAAAUCCAUCAUGCUGCUGACAAAUUAAACAACAGCGUUCUGUGGGGGGAAGGUUAUUUGUAUUUUUUUUUUUCUUUUAAAGAACACUUAACCACAUCCUUUCAGUCUUUCUCCUUCCCCAUGCUGGGCCUUCCUUUCUGACAUUACUUCUAACUGCAACAUCCGGAAGAGAGUAAAUUGGGGUUUGGGGUUGAAGGAAUGAAUAGGAAAUAAAAUUUUUUUUGCUCCCUCGCCCAUCAGUUUUAACAGUAGUUGUUAUAGACAGAGAGGUGCAGGCUCAUUUAUGUGCCCUUGUGGGAGGCUCAUGUCUGGCCAUAAGACAGAGCCUGGACUCCUGAGUGGGGGAAGACAUUCAGUCUUGAGCCAUCUUUGUUGUCCACAUUACCUGGCAGGGGGCAGGGACCAUUCUAAACCGAAGGAGGGAGUCCCUGAGGGCAUCAGGCCACUGGGGGUGGCAGGAAGCAAUGCUGUCAGAAAACCUUUUUAUUAUCUUAGUUCAGGAAGUUACUACUGGUGUAUGCAUUCUUAGAAGACGUCUUCUCUGAUAGGGUUAUUACUACAAAUACAGAAAUGCCUUAGAACCACAAAUGACUCAGUUCAUGUAAUUUCCAUUUCUCAUUGUACCUUCAUUUAUUUUGAGCAAUUUCCAGCAGACCCAGACCCCCUUCUACCCUGAAACAUACACCGAAGGCUACAUUAGAUCCUCUAAAUUACAUGUUUGGUUCAGAGAACCAAAUCACUGGGAGCCUUCCUGGAAAGGUUGGACCUUAGGGACUUUAGCCAGCAUAACUUAAUGAUUGACUUUCAGUGUGUUCCUAUGCAAAAAACAAAAGCAGGUGAGUUUUUACGUAUUUAAUUUUCAGAAUUCUACUGCAAAAGGAGGAUAGAGAGGAAAAUCCAGUUGCAGAGUGCACAUCAUUAUUUGAGGGGAAUUUCUGUUUUUAUUUUAUUUAUUGGUUGCAAUGACACAUUCUAGAUCCUAUAUUUGUAGGAAUGGAAAUACACAGUAAAAAGAAUAUGUACACUGUCACUACCUUUCAACAAAGCCACAUUACUUACUUGUGGAAUUUUUUAGUAACUUGAUGGAAAUAGUUGGAUUUUUUCCAUUAAAAACAACAAAGUUCUUGUCUGUUACUCCUCAUGUAUAUUUAUGCAUUUAAAAAUACAUCUCUAGGAUAAGCAGGUUCAUUGAAGAAUGCUCGUGUUUUUUUAAAAAGGCUAUAUGGGAAAAUACAUGGUUUAAGACCCGGGGCACUGUCUUGCCAGUGGGCCCCGAGCCUCGGCAGUGUUUCAUGAAUGACCUCAGCGCUGUUUUUUUCCUUCCUCCUCUGGUGGUUGAGGACAGACAAUGAAUGGUCUCUGUGCUCGCCCAGGCUCAGCUGGGUAGUGACUAUUAUGCCUUUGUGCUCCGUGGGGCGGGCUGCCGGUUCGGUGGUACCGCGGACCCCGGCCUGCCCUGACAUCGCCAUUCUCUUUUCUUUCAGCUCCACCGUCCCGUUAGAGGAAAGCUGCUGUUCAGUCCGCGAAGACUGUGCCGCAGGAGUAGGAGACACUCCCAAAGAGUUUCAGCGCCCAUUUGGACUUCCACAACCAGAGAUGACAGCAAAGGUGGCAUCCUGGAAAGCCGAGGAGCCUUGGUCUUUUCAUCCGGUCUACGCAAGGUACUGGCGCCAUUAUCACCAGGCCAUGGCCUGGAUGCGGAGCCACCACAGCGCCUACAGGAAGGCGGUGGAAUCUUACUGCAGUCGCCCGUGGGCCUGCCUUCCUGCGGCUCUUCCCCAGAGCCCUCCCACGAACAAGGCCAAGCCUCAGCCCUCUCGUGACCAUCACCCGGCCUCCACGGACUCGCACUGCGUUCCUUCACCUUCUAGAAGGUCCGGGCAGCAUCCAGCAGCCCGCCCCAGAGAACACCGAGCUUGGCCUGCCGAGGAGGAGGAGGAGACAGCGGAGUCCGAGUCAGACGGGGGUGUGGAGUGCGACCUGAGCAACAUGGAGAUCACAGAGGAGCUGCGCCAGUACUUCGCCCAGACCGAGAGGCACCGGGAAGAGCGACGGCGGCAGCAGCAGCUGGAUGCCCAGCGCCUGGACGACUACGUGAACGCCGACCACGACCUGUACUACAGCACCCACCGCUCGGUGCACCCCCCGUCCGAGAGGCCCGGUGAGCGGCGCCAGGCCGAGAUGAAGCGCUUGUAUGGGGACAGCGCCGCGAAGAUCCAGGCCAUGGAGGCCGCCGUGCAGCUGAGCUUCGACAAGCACUGUGACAGGAAGCAGCCCAAGUACUGGCCGGUCAUCCCGCUCAAGUUCUGAGCCCGGGGCACCGCGUACCCAGCCAUCACCCCCUUCCUUUUGGAUUCGCUGAAUCUCUCCUGUGCAUCUUCUCAGGGAAAUUUCUCUUAUACUGAGAAAUCAGCAUGUCACCAAAGUCCCAGGGGGCCCGUCUCAGGGCUGGAUGUAACACGCUGGCCACUUGAAGUCAGCAAGAUGUGUACUGUUGCCAACAUGAAAGAUUUUCUGUUGAUCCAAAACGAUAAUUUCAUGUAUAUCGUGCUUUCAUGUAUAUCACUGAUACUCUCCAGUUCAUUAAAGUCCUCACUUAGAGACAC